AGGGUGUCUCGACCAGCACUUGGAUUCAGCUCCAUCAUUUCCAACAUGGAAGAAACUUACGUCGAUUCCCUGGACCCUGAAAAGCUAUUACAAUGCCCCUAUAAUAAAAACCACCAGAUCAGGGCCUGCAGGUUUCCUUAUCAUCUUAUCCAGUGCAGAAAGAAUCAUCCUGAUGUUGCAAACAAAUUGGCUACUUGUCCCUUCAAUGCUCACCACCAGGUUCCUCGGGCCACAAUAAGCCACCAUAUCUCAAGCUGUGGCGAUAAAAGUUGUAUUGAGCAGGAUGUUGUCAACCAAACCAGGAACCUUGGACAAGAGACUCUGGCCGAGAGCACCUGGCAGUGCCCUCCUUUCAAUGAAGACUGGGAUAAAGAUCUGUGGGAACAGACCAGCACCUCAUUUGUCUGGGGCACAGCCAACUACUGUGGCAAAAACAGCCCUGCAAGCAACAUAGUUAUGGAACAUAAGAGUAACCUGGCUUCAGGCAUGCGUGUUCCCAAGUCUCUGCCAUAUGUUCUGCCAUGGAAAAACAAUGGAAAUGCACAGUAACUGAAUAUCUAUCUCAUCAAAUGCCAGAUCCUAGAAGACUCUUGCUUCUUCCUGCUACCAAUGGGUUCUUC